GUUCCCGAGGACGGGUGUUUCAGUUGCACGAAUCCCUGCCAUGGCAGCAGCGGAGGGAAAGGACCCGCUCAGCUUCUUCGCGGCGUACGGCAGCGACAACAGCUCGAGCGGCGGCUCGGAUGCUGAGGGCGAGGAAGGCUCCGGCCGGGAGGCCAAGGGCUCUUCGCAGCAGUCCCAGAACGGCACCCCGGAGGGGAAAUCGCGCUUGCCUGGGCCGGACGAGCUCUUCCGCAGCGUGAAUCGACCAGCUUUUCUUUAUAAUCCGCUGCAUAAGGAGAUCGAUUGGGAGAGCCGGGUAGUGCGAGCUCCCGAAGAGCCUCCUAAGGAAUUCAAGGCAUGGACCACAAAUGCUGUGCCUCCCCCUGAGACCUAUGCUAUCAAAGAAAAAAAGCCCCCACCUCCUCCUGAACGUGAUAUGGCAAUCAAAUGGUCCAAUAUCUAUGAAGAUAAUGGAGAUGAUGCUCCAAAGCAUGUGAACAAUGUACAUUUCUUACCAGAAGAAGAACAAGAAAAUGUUGAAUCAGAUGCUGAAAAAGAUGAACCCAGCUCAGUUAAGAAACGCAAAUUAAACCCUGACGAGCAGUCAAAGAAGAAAAAGCAAUGAUGAAUUGGACAAAGACUGAUGAGUUUAUCAAUCAAAGUUGUAAAAGUUCUGAUUUGAUUGAUGUUUGAUGUAAAUGUCAAGUCUAUUAAUGCAAAUGUUUCUAGUGGAAACCUUUUAAUUGCAACACAACUCUUUAAAUAUGUUGUGGUAAGUACAGUAUUUUUGUUCAUAAAGACUUUGGAAGUUUGUCAUAUUCUCUUCCUGUUUAAGACAGAUUCUUGUGACACUAUAAACUGUAACAUACAAGGUAUAAAUUUGUUGCAUUUGAAGUUUAAUACUUGGAGCAAUAAGCAAAUAUAAAAACUACCAUGUUUCUUAGAAAAUAAGACAGGCCUUAUUUUCUUUAGACCCCUGAAAAAACAGCCAGGCCAUCUUUUUGAGGGAUGUCUUUAUCUCCCCCCCCCCCCCCAUGCGCUUCGCCUAGCCACCGGGCCACUUCUAUCGCAGCUGAAAGGAAUGCCCCGCACGCCUUGCCUCUCCACCAGGCCGCUUCUUUUGUGGCCGCCCACUAAAAGGAAUGCCCCACGUGCACCCUUGACUCUCCACUUGGGCCAUUUCUGUAGGGCCUCAAGCUUAGCACAGACUGAGGGAAGAAUGGCAGGCAAGAAAAUUCUCCCUCUCCAUUUUCCUCCCGUUCUCCAAAAAGCCUCCAUUCCAAAACAUCAGCGUUCGGAAUGGAGGCUUUUUGGCAAACAGCAGGAAAAUGGGGAGGGGAAUUUUCCUGCCUGUCAUCCAUUCCUCAAGCUCCUUCUCUCCCCCCCAUUUUCCUGCCUUUCACAAAAACGGCUCCACUCCAAGCCUUCAGCGUAUCCCAGGACCCUGCAAGGCUUGU